AUGAAACCUCCCCCAAACUACACGGGGGCGCUUUUGCAGGAUAAUAGAGAUCACAAAAAGUUCCCUAUCAAGCUCACGCCAGAGCAGAAGAGUCUCCUGAAGUCUGUGACGCCGCCGGUGUUGUAUUAUGACCAUAAACGCACUCUCCACAAGGAUACACAGCGUCUGCUUGCCAGCUUCAUAGUCUUGCUCGAGCUGACGACAAAUACACCAAACACGGUGUGCACUCUUUUCCGCUACUACAGAUACUGGCAAUUGUCGUGCCAAGGGCGCCUGGUCACCACACGUGGCCAGUACAGAUUCCACGCCCGGAACCAAGGAAAGGAGAUAAAAUUGGUGGGAAUGGACAAUUGGAAAAAUGUCAUGUGCUACAUGGACUCCCUACUUAUAUCUAUGUUUUACUCUAGCGACAGCUUUGACUUCCUUCUGGAUUGCUAUGUUGACAAAAGCCUGUCUCCGGAGCUGCGACAACAGGUCAAAGACUUCAAAGUCAUGCUUCGAUUUAUUGUGAAUCUGAUCCGAGGAGGCGAAUAUAUUCCCCACCCUCUGAUGAAGCAGCUUUGUUUCUCACUGAGCAGUCUUGGCUGUGAGAUGGUCCUGAGCCAGAACCAGCAGGACGCUUUGCAACUGUUCGAGUUUCUGGCCGAGUCGCUGUCUCUCCCGCUGCUCACCAUAAAAUUGGACAUCAUCCACUCCGGACAACUCAACGUGAACGACGACAUGAGACUCAUCGAAGAGCGCGCAUUACUAAUCUCUGUCCCAGAAGACACAACGGCCGACCCGGAAAGCAAGGAGGAGGGCGCGUCCAUCUCCUUGGAGGAGUGUCUCAACUCGUAUUUCAAUAAUAGCAUCACUGUGCGCAGACACUUGGAACGGCGGCGCACGCUGGAUAGAGACGACCAGAUAGACGAGAAAACAAGAAACGAGAUCACGCAUGACUUGCAAUACUACGAGAAGCUCGGGAUUGUCACCUCCAACGAGGAACAGCUGCAACGCUCGCCGUCUCAGAACUCGGCCUCUUCUUCCGCAGAUCUGAGUACAGCGCUCAGCAACACGACUGUCACCGGUGCCGAGUCUACGAGCGACCGCACAGGCGCGGUUUCCUCAUUCCUGAGACUGUCGGAAAGGAUGGAGGCAUCUAGAACGAGGUCCUCGACUAUCGCCUCAGUUCUGAACAACGUCAUGGUUUCAAACUCAACAAGAUUAACACGCAGAGCGUCGUCGGUCUCCAAUAGCGAAGUGACGUUGCCGGCUUGGAUGUUUUUGCAACUUCUGCCAUACUACACCAACCCUAACGUGAAAUUACGCUUACGGAGCUCGGGCCGAUCGGUCAGGGGAAUGAGUAGAAGUGUGACCGGAGAAUCAUUGACAUCUUCGGAGGAUGACAGAGGACUGACAGAGUUUGAGGACCGGUUUCAAAAGAAACGGCCAAUAAUCCCCAUUUGUCUGAAGAAAUACGGCUGGGAUGAGAACGGACAGUCGCAUAAGAUAAACCGCAAGGUGGUCAUUCCAGAGGUGAUCAAACACCCAUACUUCAUUGCUGAAGACAGCACAAAGCCCGGAUACGUCGAUUUCAGAAGAAACACAGACAAUAAAGCGCCUUCCGGGUCGUUCAUGCUGGUCCUGGAGAGCUGCAUUUGUCACCGAGGUAAAACUGUGAAUUCGGGUCAUUAUGUCUCAUUGGUGCGGAAACAACCAUACAGCCCAAAAAAUUCAAUACCCUCUGAUGAAAAGAACUGGAUUCUAUUCAACGAUGUCCUCGAAAAGGAAGAGAAAGCCAAGGAAGUGACGUUCCAGGAAGCCAUGGACCAAGAAGAUCCUUAUAUUCUGUUUUACAAAAUAGUGGAGCUACACGAAGACUUUGAUUCUGACUACUACGGCACUGCCACCAGUGGCGACGAAAGCACAAUAAGGCCUCCACGGGGCGCCAAGGACAAAUUUUGGAAUUCCGACAGCGAAUCCAGCAUGCCUAAUAGCUCGGUCCUGGCUGCACGCAAAAGCUCGAUAGUGUCUCAGAUGUCACAUCUUUCUCUCAAGUCUAACGGUGCACCGCUGCCGGUUACCAUCAAUCAACCAGGAGGAGAAUCAGAACAUACGCCGCCUGCUACCACCCAGGUGCCACCACUUGCUCCGCCGCCGAUGGUCUCGACGUCUUCGGUGUCCCGGUCCAGCUCGCGCGGGAAAAGGACAGACAAUGAAGUGCUGCCGACAGAUCCUGCUUAUCUGGACAUCGCUACGCAAUAUUACUGGUACGAUCUCAAUUCUUCUGGAACUUACAAGAUACCACGCGAAUACUCUGAACCGCCAGCUAUUUGGACGCCGCAAGAGGAAAAUGGAGACGGCAACGAAGGCGGCUUCAUUGAAAAAAUAAACUCGCGACUGCUGAGCCUCAAGCGGGGAUCUGUGUCAGCCAGCGUACAAUUCCCAUCCAAUCCUGCUAGCAUGAUAUCUUCCACUGCGUCCUUUACUGCCCCCGACUCUACGGACACUGAAGUGGAUGAUAAAACUAACGCAAGCGUUGCUCCUCCUCGAAAAGAACCAUCAAAAGCUUCGUCGCCCGUGCUCAAGCCCCGCGACGGUGUUUCCUCGCCCGCGAACGGGACGGUGUCUCCACAAAUUUCAAAAGUGUCGUUGGCCGUUUCCAACGGCUCCAGGCCGCUGAACCGGGACAAGAAGAAGAAUGGAAUAAAACGUUUUUUCAAAAGAAUGGUCAACUAG